AUCGCCGAAGCUUCGUUCGGGGAAGCAUUUUUUUUCAACUGGUUUAGUGCAAUUUACCCAUUUAGGGCACUCCCCGUCUCGACGCGGUCCAUAGUCCGUCCAGCUAGCAUUUUUCCCCUGCUAUUUCCCGACUUUCGUGCUAACUCACUGAGUCUACUCAACUCGUCCUUGUAUUCAAGCCCUUGUCGUGUUGGGGACGAUGAACAAAUCUCCGCGCGGAGAUCACGGAGUGUUUGAUUUCAAGGAAGAGGACGAGAUUGCUGGCAUGGCCACGGAGAAACAGCUCAAUAAAUUCAGUAACUCUACCCUCGAUGAUCAAUCCGUUUUGAAGUACGAAUUCUUGGGAUAUGUAUCCCAGGUAGACAAGGUCAUUGUGAAGGAUCAGGAUGAUGGCAGUAUUCCUAGUGUUGAUGUUGAUGUAGUGCAUGGUAACUUUAUCUCCGAAAAGGGUGUUUCAGACCCCACUCCGGGCACAUUAGAAGCAAAGUUUGAUUAUGAAGAGGAUUCUGCGUUGGAAGCUUCCCAACAAUCUAAAGAUACAAGUGCUGUUGUACCUUCACCUGAGAUGAGCCAAAUAGAUCCUGCCCUUUCAGGGUCUCCGUCCAGUAAUGGAUCGGUUGAUGUUAAUUCAGAAGCCAAUGAGUGUGCGAUCAAGAGUACUCCAUCUACUCCUGUCUCUGAGGCUACAGAGAAUGUUUCAUUGAAUGGCUAUGGAUUGAACCGUUGCAUAGAAGAUUCUGACAUGGAUGAUGCAGAUUUGGAAGUUGUUCUUUAUCCUGAUUAUAUUAUGUAUCAGGAUAAUUAUUAUUGGGGGACAAAGUUAACAUUUACUCACUGUUGCAUCAAGAUUAAUAAUUCAACUGCGUGUGGAAAGCAAGAGGCCUCUGAUGUUGACUGGGCAAUUGAUGAUGUUGUUGAUAUUAGGUGUAAUUUGUUUCAAAGUAAUGAAACUGUCAUGAUGAAGAUUCGUGUAAUAUCCAGCAAUGCAUGCCUAGCAAAUAAUGUUGACAGAACUGAAGGCAUUGAGGAACUGAAGGUUGUGAUUGCUGAUUCCAAUUGGUGUGUGAAACAUGAACAAAUCAGAUCUCUUAAUGUGAAAUACUCGGCUAUUUGGAAUGUUAAUCUUGAUGGGGAUAUGGAUGACGAUGGGAAUGAUUUACAUGGACCAAAGUGCUACUUCCCUAACUUUGACUUGCCUUUUGGUGAAGUUAUUUAUCCAAAAGGAGAUCCUGAUGCUGUUUCUCUAAGUAAGAGGGAUGUUGAUCUAUUACAACCAGACACAUUCAUCAAUGACACGAUCAUUGAUUUUUACAUCAAGUACCUGAAGAAUAAGAUAAAAGAGGAGGAAAAACACAGGUUCCAUUUUUUUAAUAGUUUUUUCUUUCGAAAGCUGGCUGAUAUGGACAAAAACCCUUCAAGUGCUUCUGAUGGCAAAGCUGCUUUUCUUCGUGUCCGUAAGUGGACAAGAAAAGUAAAUUUAUUUGAAAAGGAUUAUAUCUUCAUACCUGUAAACUUCAAUCUUCACUGGAGUCUAUUAGUUAUUUGUAAUCCUGGUGAAGUGGUUACUUUCAAUGAGGAAUGCCUGGAUGAGUCACUUAGAGUACCCUGUAUAAUGCAUAUGGAUUCAAUUAAAGGAAGCCACAGUGGUUUGCAAAACCUUGUACGUAGUUAUUUGUGGGAAGAAUGGAAAGAGAGGCAAAAGGAUAAAUGUGAUGAAGACCUUUCAUCAAAAUUCCUCAACAUGCGUUUUCUCCCACUUGCGUUGCCACAGCAGGAGAACUCGUACGAUUGUGGUCUUUUUCUUCUGCACUAUCUAGAGCUCUUCCUGGCUGAAACUCCUGAAAAUUUCAAUCCACUUAAACUAACCAAAUUCUCUAACUUUCUCAAUGUGCACUGGUUUCCACCUGCAGAGGCUUAUCUUAAGCGAACUCUUAUCCAAAGACUAGUCUUUGAACUCUUGAAAGACCAUUGUAAUGUCUCUACCUCUGAAUACAGUGGUGGCCCCCAUGAUGUCCACUACCUAGGAAAUGAUGAAAACAGAACAGGAGUUCUGUGUCUUGAAAGAGGGUUUAGUUCUUCUGGUAUCAAUGGGCUGUCAACAUCAUCUCAUGCUGCCCAGGGAAUUGAGAUCACUCUAUUAUCGCCAUCAUCUUUGGAUCCUAAUUCAGGAGUGGUUCUUAGGGAGCUUUUCGAGCCUGGAGCUUCUGCAGGUCUACUGGAACAAUGCCAAUCUUUUGAUCAUAGAUCUUCUGAUUACCGUCUCAACAACUCGAUGUUUCCAAUAGAGGAAGAUACAGAAACCAGUGAGCAGUUCUUGUAUCUGACAACAGACGCUAACUUCCAGCAAAUAGCAGGAAUUUCAGCGCAAACCUCUGAGCUGCCUUAUGUAUCUAGAGGUAGUGGAGCCCAGAAUUGCCAUCAACCAGGGACCAAUAUGCAAGCAGAACAUGACAAGACUGGGCCUUCCGAGGUUGCAUCGGACUGUGUCUCCGAUGAUUCAGAUGAUGUAGGUGUUAUUGAGAGUCUUUCAGUUGGAAAUGAAGCAGGGUCAUUUGAAGAAGAUAAACCAGAUGAAAAUAAUUAUUCUUCCGUGGGAAAUCUUUAUGGUUUAACGGAAAUUACUGGUUCGGCUCCCGCUAGAAACUUGCCCACAUCUGUUGUCGUGGAAAGUUCACAAGACUCUGAUAUGAUGAGUAACGGUAACAAGGACGGAGUUCUUCACUUGCAUCAAGUUUCUGAUGUAGUUGACGAGAAGAUCACAGGUGAUGUCCGGAUGACUGAUGAAUAUUGUGAGGAGCAAGAUGCAAAGAGGAGGCGGCUUAUGCCACUGGAAUGUGAAAGUGAUUCUUUGGGAGUCUUGACGAAAGAGUCCUCUUAGUAUAGGGAUGUGCAUGACUUCAUUUCUUUUUUUGGUGAUAUUGAAUGAUUUCUAGGUUCUGCGCGCCAAAGAUGUGUAUAGUUCCCUCUUCUCUCUAGUGGUCGUUUCUACGACUUGCAUGUAAAAACAUAUGCUACUUUAGAUUCACUUCAAUCUUAAUAGAUUUUUUGUUCGGGAAA